GCAGCAGCAGCAGCAGCAUCAGGCGGCGGCCGGGCGCGCCGUCGAAGCCGCAGCAGCAGGAGCCCGAAAGCCCGGGAGCCCAGCUUCUGCUGUUCGGGGAGAGGGCUCCUCCAGAGGGUCCCCCCCCCGUUGUUCUAGUCGGAGGCUCGGGGUGUUUGUUCUCUUUUGGAGGGGAGCAAGGCUUGCCAUGAAGCCCCUCUGAGGAGGCGCCUGGCGCGUUUGCCUUGAAAGUGGCCCUCGGUGGGCGCUCUCUGCGCCCUCUUCCCGGGCUCCCCUUCGGGGGACUCCCAGGACUACUUUUGGAGACUUUGGAGAAGGAGAAGAAGCAGAAGAAGCAGAGGCCGAGGAGGAGGAGGAGGGGGCUGCGUUGCCAGAGCGAAGGGGCUCCGGGGCUGCCCUCAGGAUGGUGGGGCAAGCCCUGCUGAGGGCCAAGGGCCAGGCUGGCCAAGGGCAGCAGCAGCAGCAGCAGCAGCAGCAGCAGCAGGAGGAGGAGGAGGCCAGCUGCCCCGGCAGGACUCGGCCCUCCUGGGGGUGGCUGCUGGCUGCCUUGCUCUCCCUGGCCUCCGUCGCCUCCUGCCUCUUCCUGGGCAUCAAGACCAGUGACCUCCAGGCCAGGCUCUCGGCCAUCGAGGCGGCUUCUUUCUCUGCUGCCGCUUCUUCCUCCCAGACCUUGCCCAGCCCUGCUUUGGAGCAGCUCAGUUCUCUGAUCCAGGAGAAAGUGGAGCGACUUCUGGCUCAGAAGUCCUAUGAACAUAUGGCAAAAAUCAGAAUAGCAAGGGAUGCGACUCCAGAAUGCAACUGCCCACCAGGUCCUCCUGGUAAACGAGGUAAACGAGGAAGAAGAGGAGAGAUUGGACCCCCUGGUCAACCAGGGCGAAAUGGCUACCCGGGUCCAAUUGGUUUGGAUGGAAAGCUGGGUCAACCUGGUCCUCAAGGCCCACCUGGUCCAAAAGGCGAGAAGGGAGAUCAAGGUGAUCAGGGCCCACGGGGUCACCCAGGCUUUCCCACAGUUGCUGCCCUUCACAGUAAUCAGAUCCUCACUGUCAAGGGUGACCAAGGGCAAGCUGGACCGCCUGGGCCUCCAGGGCCUCCAGGACCAAGGGGCCCUCCUGGAGAUACGGGCAAAGAUGGCCCCCGAGGAAUGCCUGGCGUACCGGGUGAACCAGGAAAGCCAGGUGAACAAGGCUUGAUGGGGCCUCAGGGGCCUCCAGGACAAAAGGGCUCACUUGGUGCACCUGGUGUUCCAGGAAUGGAUGGAAAACAGGGGGAACCUGGUGCAGUGGGAGAAAGAGGACCUGCAGGGCUUAAGGGUGAUCCUGGGCAGCAAGGAGAAAAGGGUGAUAUUGGAGAUAGUGGAGCCAAAGGUGAUUCAGGAGAAAAGGGUGACCCUGGAUCUUCUGCUGCUGGAAUUAAGGGAGAACCUGGAGAAUCAGGGCGAUCAGGACAAAAGGGUGAACCUGGACUACCUGGGCUACCAGGAUUACCUGGAAUUAAGGGUGAACCAGGUUUCAUUGGUCCACAGGGAGAACCUGGAUUACCAGGAUUACCAGGGACAAAGGGUGAAAGGGGAGAUGCAGGGCCUCCCGGGAAAGGUGAACGAGGUGAGCCUGGAGCUGCAGGACCAAAGGGAAAGUCAGGCGAAUCUGGAGCUAGAGGCCCAAAGGGGUCAAAGGGUGAUCCUGGAGACAAAGGUGGUCUGGGGGCAACAGGACCACGGGGCCCACCUGGACAAAAAGGUGAUCAAGGUGCCACAGAAAUCAUUGACUACAAUGGCAAUAUCCAUGAAGCAUUACAGAGGAUUACCACCCUAACUGUCACGGGUCCUCCAGGCCCACCUGGACCCCAAGGGUUGCAAGGAAUAAAGGGUGAACCUGGAUCCCCAGGAUUAUCAGGUGCUGAUGGAGAGCAGGGACCCAAAGGGUCAAAGGGUGAUAUGGGUGACCCUGGAAUACCAGGAGAAAAAGGAGGGAUUGGACUUCCAGGAUUGCCAGGAUCCAGUGGCACAAAAGGAGACAAAGGAGAUGUUGGCUUGCCAGGUCCACAAGGUCCCUCUAUUAUAGGACCACCAGGACCUCCUGGACCACAUGGUUCCCCCGGGCCUAUGGGGCCUCAUGGACUGCCAGGCCCAAAGGGUGAACCAGGGUUAAAUGGUCUUAAAGGACUGAAGGGUGAACCAGGUCACAAGGGUGACAGAGGGCCCCUAGGUCUGCCAGGAGCAUCUGGCUUAGAUGGAAAGCCAGGACCCCGGGGUAUGGAUGGCCCAAUUGGUCCACAUGGGCUUGCAGGUCCAAAAGGAGACAGAGGUGAAAAAGGAGUUCCAGGAGAUCCUGGGCCCAGAGGACCAUAUGGCUUGCCUGGAAAAGAUGGCGAGCCUGGCCUUGAUGGUUUCCCUGGGCCUCGUGGAGAAAAGGGUGAUGUAGGAGAAAGGGGAGAAAAGGGUUUCCGUGGAAUUAAGGGGGAAAAAGGGGAGCCAGGCCAACCUGGCCUGGAUGGGCUGGAUGCCCCUUGCCAAUUGGGGCCAGAUGGGUUACCAAUGCCUGGCUGUUGGCAAAAGUGAUGAGUCUAACUUUGCAAGCAUGAAGUUGUGUAUAUAACGCUCCACCUCUUGUAUUUAUAGUUGAAAAUGGAAUUAUUGAUUUUACAAGUCUGAAAAUAUGUUUACACAUAGCUGCUUCUACUUGUUUGCAGUAGUCCAUGUGUGCAUCUAUGCUUCACAAACAUCUUCAAUCUGGCAAACAUAAACUGUGUGACAAACUUGAAAAAUCAAGUAUUAGUUUCUCUACAGAGUCCAUAUCUAUAGAGUGACCAUUCAUAGAUACUUGAGUUGCUUUCUGCAGUUUUUCAUUUUUGCUUUUUCGUUUCGUUUUGGCUUGUGAAUCUGCAUGGACAGCAAGUGCCAUAAAUUAGUUUACAUGAAAUUGUGACCAAAUAUGAGCUCAGUGCUAUGAAAUAUACUGUACAUAACUGCAGAUGGAAUAUAGUGAUUUUGUUUCCAUAUUCGCUUGAUAAAACUCUGUUACUGAAUCAUCCCUGCCCAGCCCCCAUUUGCGUGUGCUCACUAAAAUCAAAAGCAUGAUUUGUGUGCCAAAAUAGCUUGCUGUGUGAUCGUCUCAUAUGCUCAAUGGUUGCUGGCUGUGAGAUUGAAUUCAGACCUCUGAACUGUUCUUUUUAUCAUCUCAAGGGAGUUACACCAUGGCUUAUUGCAAAAAAAUGAUAAAACAAGGAGUUUGAGACAAUGGUCUUGAAUUUGGGAGGAAUUGCAGUUCCUUCUGUUGGUGGAUGGCUCUUGGUCUUCUGGGUUAUGAAACCACCUUUGUCAGAAAAGGUGAUACCUGUUCAUCAGCCUCCAUUUGCUUGCACUGCUCACAGUCACAAGAUAACCAUAUUGGAUGGAUUUCAACGCCAGGCCCAGCUGAUCAUUUGAGAAAGAAAGAAGCACGAAGAUCUAGCUUUGUGAGUAGGAUGACAAAGUUUCAGAGAGAUGUCAAAUGGAUCAUUUGAUGAUGGGUCUCAGUAUUAACUGGAGGACAAUGGUCUUCUUCAAGGAUUAGUGCAAUAUGUGUUUCACAUAUUGUAUUUUGAGAUUAUUCUGCGGGGGAAGAAUUCUUGACGCAAGAUACCAUAAAAUGCCUUCCUCAAAAAUGAUGGAACAAAGAUGACUUUAUGUGGCUUGCCAUUGGAUUUUAGAAGUUCCUGAUGAAGUGACACUACUUGUAGGAUACUGGAAAAUAUAUUUAAUUUUAUGUGUUUAAUACUUCAGUUUGCUAACCUCUGAUGCAUUCAUGCUUACAGUCACUCAAGUUCUGAAGAGCACCUUUGUGUUCACCUCCUUUCCAUAUUAUGUUUUUGGACAUCUGUUGAAUCUUUACUGUUAUAAAGCAAGGCGUUUAUUUUAUUUUUUUUACUUGUUCAUUUAUUAACAAGCCUUUUUUCCUUCUGCAGCAGACCUAUUUUGGGGUUCCAUAGUCCAGAGAAUGUGAAAUAGAAUUGAUACAGAAAAGGAUUGAAAUAGGAAAGAAUUGAUAUUGCAUGGCAGGCACAGUUCACUGCAAGGUUUUAGCUCGAAUAUAUCACUGUUUUCAUCUGCAUUUCUAACAAUAUUUACAAGGGAAUGGACCCAUUGAAUUCACUGAGUCUAACUACUGAGUCGAUACACUUAGGGUUAUAUGGCAUUUUACUUUAAAAAAAUGCUCAUUCCUUAAUUUUGAACACAUUUGCUCAAUCUUUUCAUGUUUAGCCUUUUAUUCAAAAUGGACAUUAAUCAUAAUUUAUGUUGCAUACUAUACUACUUGUUUCAAAUGUUGUUUUCAAUUAUUUUCAUAAUUUUUUUAAAAAGUCUGACCAAAAAAUUGAUACACAAGUAAAAAUGCUGACAGAAGGGUGUCUUCAUUAUGCAAUCAUAUUUCUGGAAAUAAGCAUCAGUUGUUUCCAUUGUCACCUGCGCAUCAUUUUGAGAGAAGUUAUAAUGAUGGCAUUACCAAAUAUUAGCUUACUAUUGCCUUAUAGCCAUGAAUCAACAUGAGAUUUAAAACCUUGCUUCUUUUUUACAAUUCAUAUUUAAUUUUUUGAGUGCAACGGCCAUUUAAAGGAAAUGCCACUUUUUCCUUCCUUUUUUUUUCUUUUGAGGAAAAAUAGCUCUGGGGAUUUUUUUCUUUCUUAUCAACAGGUUUAACAGCUAAGCUUUUCAUAUUAAAAUUUCUAACAAAUAUUUACCAAAGUUUCAGUGAUGUCCUCUGAGCAAAAGUGGGAGGAGGGGGAGGAUAAGAUGCUAAGGGAAAUGAGAGAAAGAGAUGCUUACAUUUGCUAAAUACUUUCUUUGCGCUUAUGACUUUGUUUUUACUGUUAGCUACCCUAUGUGCAUGGAAAGGCAGGAUAUAAAUGUUCAUAAUUAAGAGAAAUGAAAUCAAUCAGAUGAUGCGUGCAUUUACUUAUAAACAUCUUUUAAUAGAAAUCAAACUUGCAAACAAGACAUAGGGCAUCAUCUCACAGUUGUACAAGGGAUCUCCUCUUCCUUUCCACCCCAGGAAGAGAUUUCUCAGACUCUUUCAUAAUAUAUUUUAAGGUCA